AUGGAUUCAUUCAAAUAUCCAGAGUACAUUUCUCUUGAAGAGAUCGAGCUUGGAGUAUCUAAUGGCCAGCUUUAUGUUGGCAUUCUUCGCAUCAGCGGACGUCGACGGUACGAUGCUUAUGUGUCCGUGACUUCGCUCGAUGAUGAUGUUUACAUUGGAAGUGAUUUUUCGCGGAACCGUGCGUUUGACGGCGAUGUCGUGGCUAUCCGGUUAAAAGACGUGGACCCUGCGUGGAAGCAACGGAAAGAAGCGCAUCUGAAAUUUCUUUCUCGCAAGGGUGCCAAUGUGGACCGCAAUCCCUCUGCGACCGACUUGGCGGAAGGAGAGGAAGAAGAGGAAUCCAGUGAAGAAGAGGAAGACGAUACAUUCGGAUAUAAGCCAAAGUACGCAGGCGAAGUUGUCGGCAUCGUCGAGCGACCCAAAGAACGAUUUCUCGUUGGAUUAUUGAACUUAGACUUCUCACAAGAAGGCAAUUCCGCUCUUGAGCAUCGACUAUGCUUCCGUCCACUCGACAAGCGUAUGCCGCUCUGUUACAUACCGAAUGCCAAUGGACCGCCGGACAUUGUUGAAAACCAAGACCAUUACAAGUCGCAAUUACUAGUGGCCAAAAUAAUUGGUUGGCAACACAACAAAAAGCGACCCGUAGCCAAGAUUAUGCGAGUUCUUGGUGAAGUUGGUGACAUGGCAGUAGAGACCGAAGCCAUUCUGACAGACUGUUCGAUCGCCACAACGCCGUACAGUGAAGCAGCUUUGUCAGCAGUGCCACCAUUGCCAUUUACAAUUCCUGAAGCCGAAUUUUCCAAACGAAGUGAUAUGCGAGAAAUUCUGACGUUUACAAUUGAUCCAAGCACUGCAAAAGAUUUGGAUGAUGCAUUGCAUAUCAAGCGGCUGGUGGAUGGCUUCGAAGUAGGGGUCCAUAUUGCCGAUGUGUCGUACUUUGUUAAAGCAAAUACCCCACUGGACUCUGAAGCAAAAGAGCGUGGCACAAGCACGUAUCUUGUCAAUCGCGUAAUACCAAUGCUUCCGGAAGACCUGUGUCAAAACCUGUGUAGUCUCAAAGCUGGCGAGGAUAGACUGGCGUUUUCGAUUAUCUGGAAAAUAGAUAAAGAGGCCCGUGUGUUGGACACAUCAUUCUGCAAAACUAUGAUAAGAUCGAAAGCACAACUAUCCUAUGAGGAUGCACAAAAGGUGAUUGAUGGUGGAAAUAUUGACCCAUCAGUUGAACGUGCGGCCGAAAUUGAACAAGCCAUCCGUGAUCUGAUGGAGCUGGCACGGUGCAGACGAAGACGACGGUUCGGCGAGGGCGGUGCACUGGCACUUGAUUCAAUUAAAUUGAUGUUUGACGUGGAUGCUAAUGGCGAGCCGACAGCUGCUGUACCUUUUGAACAUAUUGAAGCGCACAUGCUGAUUGAGGAAUUCAUGUUACAGGCCAACAUCAGCACCGCCAGAAAGAUUAGCACCACUUAUUCUAAUGAAGCGCUGUUGCGAAGACACCAGGGCCCAAUUAUCCGACGACUGAACCAAUUUGUAGAGCAAGCCCGAGAGCUUGGAUUUGAUGUCAAGGCAGAGACAAGUGGUGAAUUGCAACGAUCCUUUGAAUCCAUACCGGAAGGCGAAAUCAAACAAGCCUUACUCGCUCUCGCAAUCCGACCCAUGCAACGAGCCAAAUACUUUUGCGUCGGCACAUUAGACAUUGAAAAAUGGCCUCACUAUGCCCUGAACGAGCCCGUUUAUACCCACUUCACAUCUCCUAUUCGCCGCUAUGCUGAUAUCAUCGUCCAUCGCCAACUCGAAGCCGCCAUGAACAACAAAAAGAUGAGUGGUUAUAGCAAAAAGACAGUCCAGUCCCUUUCAUACCACUGCAACUAUCGCAAAGAGCGAGCAGGCGCCGCAGAGGAACUCAGCAUACAUCUGUUCUUGUCGCGCUACUUGGCCAAUAUGGCAUCAAAGCAGCCCAUCAUUGAGUCUGCGACGGUCAUUAGCGUCGAGCUUGAUUACAUUGACAUUUACCACCACAAGUACGGCUUGAAGCGGCGCUUGUAUGUCGAGGAUCUGCCGCUCGCCAAAUACGAGUUUGACUCGGACAGCAACACUGUCACCUGGUACUGGAAACGAGGGGCCUUGGUAGAUAUGGACAGCUACAUGAAACGGGUCAACAAGUACUCGUCCAACUCCUCACGAAAACAGCAGCGUGGUGCUACGACAAAUGACGGUAUAGUGGAAGCAUCAACAGCAAGUAAACAAGUAAAUACGCAACUUCGUGCGCCACCAAGACAGCUGGUGCCUUCACGCUUGGACCAUGAGGCGUGCUCACAGACAUUCGCCGUGUUUUCAACAUUGGACGUGAGAUUACAAGUCAACAGUUCGCGUUCACCACCGGUGAUCAAUACUUAUCCUGUCAAUCCCUUUUACUGA